UCUAUUUUUAACAAAGUGUUAAAAAAUAAAAAUUUUAUUCUCUUGAAAGUUUCAGGAGUUGUAUUUAAGAAUUUUUUUACAAAAGUUACAAUAAAAUUAUUUGAAGAGAAAAAAAAAUGGCAGGACCCGAGGAUGUACACCCACAAAAGGCUUUUGGCUGGGCUGCUAGAGAUACAUCAGGAACCCUUUCUCCCUUCCAUUUCUCUAGGAGGGCAACAGGAGAGCAAGAUGUGACUUUCAAAGUGUUGUACUGUGGCAUUUGUCACUCUGAUCUUCACUUCAUUAAGAAUGAAUGGGGGAAUGCCUCUUAUCCUGCUGUUCCUGGGCACGAGAUUGUAGGGGUGGUUACAGAAGUAGGAAGCAAGGUGCAAAACUUCAAAGUAGGGGACAAAGUUGGGGUAGGAUGCAUGGUUGGAGCCUGUCGUUCGUGUGAUAGUUGUGACAAGCAUCUUGAGAAUUACUGCCCCAAAGUGCUCCUAACCUAUGGAUCCACUUACUACGAUGGCACCCCUACAUAUGGAGGUUACUCUGAUAUCAUGGUGGUAGACGAGCAUUUUGCUGUUCGCAUCCCUGAGAGCAUGGCACUCGAUGCCACUGCCCCUCUUCUAUGCGCUGGUAUCACUGUCUACAGCCCUUUGAAGUACUUUGAGCUUGAUAAACCUGGACUCCAUGUCGGUGUUGUUGGCCUUGGUGGUCUAGGAUACAUGGCUGUGAAAUUCGCCAAGGCUUUUGGUGUUAAGGUCACAGUUAUCAGUACCUCACCUAACAAAAAGGAAGAAGCUGUCAACCGUCUUGGUGCUGAUUCCUUCCUGGUCAGCCGCGACCCUCAGCAACUACAGGCUGCUGUAGGAACAAUGGAUGGCAUUAUUGAUACAGUCUCAGCAGCUCACCCUCUCUUACCAUUGAUCGCUCUGAUGAAGACUCACGGAAAGUUGGUCAUGGUUGGGGCUCCAGACAGACCUCUUGAGUUGCCAAUCUUCCCUCUGCUAAUGGGUAGGAAGAUCGUAGCUGGAAGCUGCAUAGGAGGCAUGAAAGAGACACAAGAAAUGAUUGAUUUUGCUGCCAAGCAUGAUAUUAAAGCAGAUAUAGAGGUUGUUCCGGUGGAUUAUGUGAACACAGCCAUGGAGCGUCUACUCAAAGCAGACGUUAGGUACCGUUUUGUCAUCGACACUGCUAACACAAUGAAAGCUGAAUGAUGAUAGAUCCAUUCUAAUGACUGACGAGGCUGUGAUAAGUUGUGACUUUCUAGAGACAAGUCUUGUUUCAAUAAUUACUUUGGUUACUACCUUGUAUCUUCUAUGUGAAACAAUUGAUAUUAUAAUAUAUGUAGAACAAUUGAUGUUGUAGUUGAAUUAUGAUACAUGAAUUUUUUUUUUUUUUGGAUGGGAAACAUGUGCAUCUUCUUUAACUGAACAACUUUAGCUAAUGAUCUGGGUAUUGAAAUCGGUAUGUUGUUGAAAGCUGCUCGAGUAUGUCAUGCAUUACGUGCUGCUGCAUACGUGUCACAGCAGCACACGAAAUGCAAGCACUU